CUUCAGUGUCGCGCUGCGUUUCUGUUUCUGCGGCUUCGUGCGGAGACAUGCGGGAAUAAACACGCACACACACGCACACACACGCACACACACGCACGCACACGCACGCGCACGCACGCGCACGCAGCAGCAGAGGACACGUGACCCGGACCCGCGCGUUUGGCUCAGGAUGAUGUCACUGCUGAAGCUGAGGCCUGUGCUGACCUCACUGACCUCUGUGACCUCUGUGACCUCUGUGACCUCUGUGACCUCGCUGCUCUCAGUUUCCCAUCAUGCCUCGCUGCCGUCCCUGGCGUCUCGCGCGGCGAUGGCGACUCUGAACCAGAUGCACCGAGCGGGCAGACCCCAGCGCCCGCCGCCCGCGCCCGGCGCCACCUUCAGCCGCCCGCAGCUCAAAGCCGUCGUGCUCAAAACCAUGAUCCGAAAACCCAAGAAACCCAACUCUGCCAACAGGAAGUGCGCCCGCGUCCGCCUCUCCAACGGGAAGGAGGCGGUGGCCUUCAUCCCCGGGGAGGGACACAACCUGCAGGAGCACAACGUGGUCCUGGUCCAAGGAGGACGGACCCAGGACCUGCCCGGGGUCCGGCUCACUGUGGUCAGGGGCAAGUACGACUGCGCCCACGUCGUCAAGAAGAAGCACUGACACUGGGACGGGUUUGGGACACGGUCUGGACCCGGUUUAGACCCGGUCUGGACCAGUCUGGACCCGGUUUAGACCCGGUCUGGACCCGGUUUAGACCUGGGUUUGGACCCAGUUUGGACCCGGUUUUGGACCUGGUUUGGACCUGGUUUUGGACCUGGGUUGGACCUGGUUUUGGACCUGGGUUGGACCUGGUUUUGGACUUGGUUUGGACCUGGUUUUGGGUCUGCAGACACUGGUGGACUGCGGUGACUCUUCAGUAUAAAACUGUAAACGAGCGAAGGUCAGACUCUGACUCUGAUCUUCUGUUUUAUGUUUUACACGUUUGUGAAAUUGUCUGAAAUAUUCCCCAAAUAUAUUGAAAAAAAAAAACUUGAGUCUUUCUGAUUAUUUCUCCUGGUCUGGUCCAGACUCUGGUCCAGACUCUGGUCCAGACUCUGGUCCAGACCCUGAGGCGCCUGUGUCCUUUU